AUGGAUGUCACACCAACAUUGGCCAUCGCCCGACUCUCCAGUGAUUACUGCAAAACUGUUGAACAACCUCCACCGUCAGGAGAAUUUGGAUCGUCACAGCAAAGGAAUCCUUCAACAACAAGAACAUUUGGGUCUUCUAGAGUGGGUUCAAGGAUUGCUUCAGGUCACAACUUUAGUUUUUCGCCAACAUCCAUACCUACUUCGGGAGAACUGGAUUCUCUUUUGGUUGCAUUUGGGUCUCAUGGUAGUGGCCCGUCGUAUGAAGCACCCCUGGCUUCCUCAUUUUCUUCAUCAUUAUCUUCUUCCACCUUGAAUCAGACGCAGUACAUUUGCCCUUGGUGUCAAAGGGUGUUUUCUAAGAGCAGCAAUCUAAAGAGACAUGUCUUGACGCACACUGGCGAGAAACCUUACGCUUGCCCCCUCUGUCCAUAUCGUGCUGUCCAAAAAGUUCAAGUUUUUCAACACCUAAGAAGCAAACACAAUUCUGAAAAAAGCCAACAGGGUAGUGUGACAGAUAAAUUUGGCACACGGCACGGCGUAGGUGAUCACCGUCAGUUUGCGGGACUACACAUCCAACACCGGCAUAUCCAACAUACUGAGUACCAACAUGAUCGACAUCACCUAAAGAAUCCAAGAAGUUCUCAUCCUCAGUUAUCAUACAAGAGGGGCAAUGCUCAGGCUGAUGGUUCACAAAAUAGUGCUGUAGUAACCUCAGAGCAGUCUGAUGUCCAGAAGAGUGGUGAAUCGUGUUCUGUUGUUCAGGGCGGUGAUACUUCUCACAAUGCUACUCAGAUACUGGAAGAUAUUAUAAGUGGAUCAUUAGAUGAAUCUGGUGUGUCACAACAAGUUACUUCUCUAUAUAAAACUGUUCAGGCUACUGGAAGUAAUCCAGAAGUUGUCUUUAAGGGCACAAAUAUGGGUGAUAGUUCAAAUAAUUCAAAAGAUAUUCAGAUGUCACUGGGCAACCACUUGUUGCUUGAAGAUUUAUCCCAAAGAUAUUCUCAGUCACACAACUCUCUCACUGACCAAGGAGAAAAUAUUUCAGCACCAGAGAACUCCACAGAUGAAUCUAAUCAACUAAAGCAAUUGAUGGUGUAUGAGGGAGGCUCAAUGAGACAUCACAGUCUCAUUAAAAAGGUUAAUGCAGUGGCCUGCUACACCUUUAUCUGGGAGCGACAACUGGGUGCAGCAUCGCGUGUUCCUCAAGGUAGACGGUAUGUGGACUACGGCAACACUUCUGCUUGGGUCACCUCCAUAAGUCAGACUUCUACACCUACCACUAUGCCCGUCUUCUCAGGCCACACCUCAAAGUCAUCACCCUCCUCAGUCUCUUACCAUGUCACUCGUGUUGAUUCAGUUGGGCAUGGAAUACAGGGCAAUAUAAUGUCUGUUGAAAAUUUAACAGAAGCUUCUCCGUGCAUAUCACCUAACAAUUCAAAUUUGAUUGAAUCUGGGCAGGGUUCAUGGGCAGACACACCAAAAAUGGGGCCACCUGUUGAUGAAUUACCCAUGGAAAAGGGAGAAGCAGAUGUUUUACGAGUAAUAACAUUAUCUGAGAUUUCUGGAACUGCCCCAAUGCCGACUCGAGAUCCGCUUGAGUGUCCAUGGUGCCUGAAAGUGCUUUCUAAAGCAUCAAAUUUGAAGGUUCACAUACGGCGUCAUACAGGAGAAAAGCCAUAUCGCUGCUUGUUUUGUCCAUAUACUGCUGCCCAAAAAAUUCAAGUUGUAAACCACAUGAAUGCUAGACACCAAGCAUCUCCCAGCUCAUUUUUGUGA